UUUUCUCUUUGGUAGUUUUCACUUUAAAAAUUUUCAACUGGCAGAAAUGCCUCACCCACCCACCCACACAGAUCUCUUUACAAGAUACCCUAAAUAUGUAAUGGCCAAUAAGAAUACUCUGUUUCUCUUUCAAACCCAUGGACCAUGUCCCCUCCCAUCCCUUUCACUUCUACCCUUCUUAUCCUCUGUAUAAUCUCUGCAUUAAACCACCCCCCACCUUCUCUUUCUCCAUGAAUAUGCCCUCCAAUCCCACAUAUUUAUUAUGUAUGUAUCCUUUUAUAAUAAUAAUAAUAAUGGUACAGUGCAUCAAACCAAGGUCCUUUUUUCUCUGUCUAGUGUGUAUGUAACUAGUGAGUUGAAAUUGUUCUGAAAGACAGUGAGCCUUUUUCACGUUACAGAUUUAAACUUCGUGUUACGUGAUGAGUCAGUGUGUUCCGAGCUGGGAUGUUGAGGAUAAUUCGACCACGACGGUGAAGAUUAAUGGCGUCGCGCAAUCGGGGUCUAGUUCUUUUGGGGCGGAUGUUCCUUCAUUGGACUAUGAGGUUGCGGAGCUGACGUGGGAGAAUGGGCAGUUGGCGAUGCAUGGAUUGGGGCCGCCGCGGGUGCCGAGCAAGUUGCUGGCGGCGGCGACGGCGGUGAAGUACACGUGGGAUAAGCCACGCGCCGGCGGGACGCUGGAGUCGAUCGUGAGCCAAGCGACUUGCAUGCCGACGAACCGGAAGGGUGACGGCGACGGUGGUAGAGGAGGGCCGGGCGGGGAGCUCGUGCCGUGGUUUGACCACCACGGCGGCGGCGGCGGCGGGGAUAACCCCGCCGCCGCGGCCUCCGUGACGGUGACUAUGGACGCCUUAGUGCCGUGCGCCAACAACAACAACAACAACACUAAUAACCGAGAACCGCCGUCAACCGGACGCGUGGCGGGGUUCUCCGGUCUUGUGGGGUCGUGCAGCGGCGCCGCCGCCGCAGCCACACGGGAAGCCAGUUUAGCACGCGCCGCCGCCCACGAGUGGAGCAACAGGGGCACCGACCAGAUGAGCGUGAGCGGAAGCGCCACCUACGGCCGGGAUAGCCGGCAGGUGACCAUCGAAACCACGUACGAUAGGGAUUUGGGCAACGAAGCCUACACCUCCGCCUCCAUGGGCUCGCCGGAAAACACCAGCUCCGAUAAACAGUGCACAAAUAAGUCCAAUGAUGACAAUGAUCACUCCGUCUGUCACAGCAGAUCUCAGAGGGAAAUUGGUACUGAUGAAGAGGACAAGAAGAAAGGAAAUGGAAAAUCCUCAGUCUCAACAAAAAGGAGCAGGGCUGCUGCUAUUCACAACCAAUCUGAAAGGAAAAGAAGAGACAAGAUUAACCAAAGGAUGAAGACGUUGCAGAAGUUGGUUCCAAAUUCUAGUAAGACGGAUAAGGCUUCGAUGCUGGACGAAGUGAUAGAAUAUCUGAAGCAGCUUCAAGCGCAAGUGCAGAUGAUGAGUAGGAUGAACAUGUCGCCGAUGAUGUUCCCGUUGGCGAUGCAACAACAGCUGCAGAUGUCGAUGAUGGCGCCGGCGGCCGCCGCCGCCAUGGGAAUGAACAUGGCCGGGAUGGGAAUGGGUGUGAUGGACAUGAACAGCGUUGCCGCCGCCGCCGGCCGCUCCAACAUCCCCGGAAUCCCUGGGCUCCUCCACCCGGCGGCUGCUAGCGCCGCCGCCGCUGCAUUCAUGCCCAUGGCCGCCUGGUGGGAGAACUCCCUCGAUCGCAUGCCUACCGCCGCCGCCGCCGCCGCUUCUUCCAUGAUGCCUGAUCCUUUAACCGCAUUUCUUGCUUCCCAAUCUCAGCCAAUGACAAUGGACGCUUUUAGUAGGAUGGCAGCUUUAUACCAGCAGUUUCAACAAGCCCCCGGUGGUCCCAAAAAUUGAGUUUUGAAAUUCAGUUCAUACCCUCGAAUAGUAACGACUGCAAUUUCUUCUUCAUUAAAAAAUAAAGGUUUCCUCUUUUUUUUUCUUUUUUUUUUAAUUUAGCAGUUGAAUUGAUUAAAAAGAUCAGUAUGUGUGAUUAAAGGAGGCAAUAUAUAAAUUAAGAAUUGUGUAGGUUAUUACCGGGCUAUGUUAGCUUCAUGUACACACUCUAGCUAACCCUAUCAUGAAUAUUCUUUAAGAUUACAUUGAGUUCAAUAAUGGUUGUAUAAAAGAUAUUUUGUGACAAGUCAUAUUUACAUUAAUUGAAUUACACGCAACGAGGAAGACA